UGGGGGGUGCUCCACUCGUAUGACUUCCCCGACAGAAGCUCUGAGCAAACAUUUCUCAGGGAAUUUUUUCCUGCAUUGUCAUGGUCCCCCAUUAUACCUCCAUUAUAAAUGUGUGAGAGAGGGCGCAAUUUCUUCUGGCCACGCAUGUGUUUGGAUUAAGAUAACUGGGAGCGCACUAUUAGCCUGGAAUUAUCUUCUACAAUCAGGGUUGAAAAGAGCUUAAGAAGUUAUUGAUGGGAAAAUAGCUACAAACAGACAGUGAACAAAUUAAAACAUUUAAAUGAUGUGAUACUUCAGUCUCGAGGGACAAAUUUCUGCUGGGGACGAUUUCUAAGGUUGUCAGUUAAUAGCCAGAGGAAUUAAAAGAAGAAGAAUUGGAAUUUUUUACUGAUUCUGUAUAAGGCAGCUGUAGAUUUUAUAACAGGGACAAUAUUUAGCUAAAGACUUCCGUCAAAAUGUCCGACGCGGAACAGACGAGUCCAAUGAUGGAGAAGGAAAAAGAACAAGUGUCCGACGGGCCAGAUAAUAAACCCAGUGAUGGGAAAAACAGUCGUCUGGCUCGGCUCAAAAGACUCAAAAUGGGGAAGAAAGUCAAAUCUUGUCAUUCCUGGGGCAAGGAGAACCUCCUUCUGGUGCUGACCAUUGGAGGCGUGUUUGCCGGGAUAAUUCUGGGAAUCGGGCUCCGAGCUGCCGAGCCUUCCAAGGGGGCCAUCCGUCUGAUAGCAUUCCCCGGAGAUAUACUCAUGAGAAUGCUCAAAAUGAUGAUUCUACCUCUCAUUGUGUCCUGUAUGAUAACAGGUUUGACCUCCAUGGACGUACAUUCCAGUGGGAAGAUGGGACUACGCGGUGUCGUUUACUACUUUGUGACGACGUUUUUGGCCAUCGUUUUAGGGAUUAUUUUAGUUAUAGCGAUCCAUCCCGGAGACAAAUCCAACAUGCCAGAGGAGGAUGAGGACGCAGAAAAACUCGGAGACGACCGAGUCAGCUCGCUCGAUGCCUUCCUUGAUCUCAUCAGAAAUAUUUUCCCAGACAACAUUAUCCAGGCCAGCUUCCAACACAUCAGAACCACGUACAUCGACAAAAAGGCCAAAAGUAAGGUCUAUUUUACGGCAUCGCUACAGGACGCCAUAGAUCUGAACCUGACAGACAAGGUGAACAUGUCCCUGGGUAUGGCUCUGAACGAGAAGUGGCAGGAACUGAUUCGUUUGAACAAGUCGGAUCAGUUCAACUCGACCAGGCUGUAUUACAAGGAACCGUAUGUCUUCACGGCUCAGAAACAGAGCCUCAACAACGGAAUUAACGUCCUCGGUAUUAUUGGGUUUUUCACGGCGUUUGGGAUGAUCCUGAGUAAGAUGGGAGAGAAGGGGAAGCCGAUGGUGGAAUUCUUUGCCAUUCUUAACCACAUCAUCAUGGAGAUGGUUAACAUCAUCAUGUGGUACUCCCCUAUCGGUAUAAUGUUCCUGGUCUGCGGUAAGAUUCUGGAUAUUGAGGAUCCCAGUGAGAUGAUGCAGAGACUUGGGAUGUACAUGUUGACGGUCAUCCUCGGUCUGUUUAUCCACGCAUUCAUCACUCUCUCCCUCGUUUAUUUUGCUGCUACAAGAAGAAAUCCCUUUCACAUACUCAGGGGUGUGCUUCAGGCUCUGGUCACAGCCUUUGGUACUGGCUCUAGCUCCGCGACCCUGCCCAUCACAUUCCGCUGUCUGGAGGAGACUCUCCACAUCGACAGUCGCGUGACCCGAUUUAUCCUCCCUAUAGGGGCCACCAUCAACAUGGAUGGAACAGCUCUCUACGAGGCUGUGGGUCCAAUCUUCAUAGCUCAGAUGAACGAUAUCAACUUAUCUUUUGGGCAGAUUGUGGUUGUGAGCUUGACAGCGACCUGUGCCAGUAUAGGGGCGGCCAGUAUCCCUAGUGCUGGCCUCAUCACCAUGUUAAUGGUACUCACCUCGGUAGGACUGCCCACUGAUGACAUCAGUCUUAUCCUGGCUGUUGAUUGGUUCCUUGACAGAAUAAGAACGGCCAUUAAUGUUCUGGGGGACAGCUAUGGUGCUGCUAUAGUGGCCCACCUUUCUAGGGAGGAGCUGAUGGGGCCAGGAGUUUACCCAGGGGACCAGGAGCUGGACGUCAUCGAGGAGGAACCAGAAAAAUCUAAUGGAGGAGCCAAUGUGUAAACAGGAACCAUUCAAGACUGGAGAGUGCUACAAAGAAAGAUAACUGUGUUCAGAGAAGGGAGGGCAUAUAACAGGGUUAAAUCAAGGGUUAAAAAGAUUUAUACACAUCGAAAGGUCCUUAAGAAUGCUAAGUAGAAUAUGGAAUGUUUAUACUGAAAAAUGACACAAAAGUGUUGGAUUUCUAUAUUUUUACUACAAAUGGUCUAUUUUCUUGCUUAUAUCUGAUUAAGCUCAUCUUGUUCAUUAUAUGAGCUGUUUAUCUGACUGUGUUGUAUUUUUCACCAUCUAUGUAUAUAUUUUACACUUGUUUCCCCCCAAAUAGACCCCCAUUUCUAUUCCCUCCACAUUACCGAGUUUUGUUCUGAAUGUUUGAAUCAUGUAAAUGAGGACAACGGCUGAUUUCCAUUAUUUGUGCAGUGAAUUUGAAUAAUUAUGACCUUUAAAGUUUUCCUUGAAAUUUGUCAGAGCAAAAAUCUAUUUACCUCAAUGGCCAAUUAAAAAAAAACAUGCUUGAUAAAAAAAAGUGUCUUCCAGUGUGUGUGUACAACAUCCCUUGGAAAAAGCAGUGUUGAAAUAACUGUAUCACAUUUCAGUCAGACAUUGUAUUUAUGUAUUGGUUACUUCACUACGUAACAUCACUGUGUAACAAAUAGUGUCUAAGAUUCAUUGGCUCAAACAAAACCAUCUCCUCAUACCUUGUAUAAAAAACCAAAGUCAGGAACUGGGUAAACAAUAUUGAAUAUUGACAUCUUGUAAAAAUGUGGAAUUUUUUUCCCACCAUUUUUUAUUAUUUUUUCUCACAAAACUAACUACUUGUACUAACGUGACACUUUAGUAUGUAGUCAAUUUCUACAUCUCACGCAUGGUGAAUCUCAGUUUGGUAGAAUGGUGCUACAAUUAUACAUGCCAACAGAUCAUUUUUUCACAUCAUUGACUUUGAAAUAUUGUAAUGAAACACUCAUUUUACAUUAACUUGAUGAAUUUUUAAUGAUAAUUUUUUUGAUCCAGUUGAGCCUGGAUGAUUGCCAGUUACCAGGGGCCUGUUUAAAAAAGAACUUACAAUUCAGAUCAAAAACUUUAGUUCAUUGUAAAUUUUUGUCAAAUUAAUGAUUCUGUUUGCAUAUGCUAGCAUAAAAAUAUCUUGUAAUAAAUUCUUUUUAAAAAGAUUACAUAAAACAAGUUUCUUUGUAAAAUGGAAAGUUAUGAGCAGAAAUAAUUUUUGGUCUUGGUCGUAAAUUCUUUUGUAAAUUGGCCAUUGGAUGCUUCACAUUUUGGUCAAAUUCUUUGGGAACAGAACUUACAGUUAUACCUAAAUGUCAUAAGAAGCUAUGUUUUAGUAAUCUGAACAGUUCAUUUAUCUGGACAAUUUGCUCUGAAAUGAAAACAUAAACAAAGCUUAACUGUUUAAAGGCAAACAUUUGUCUGAUUUUUAUUUCAAAAAAUAAUUUUACUGUACAGAUGCAGUAACUUACUCAGAUUUUUUACGUGUACAUGUUGAUGUAGAAUGUUAGCAAUAUCUUGUAUCAGUAUUUUGCAACCUACCAGAUAGAACAUCUGUAUAUACUUUACGUAUGACCUUGCUGUUUUAGAUGCCCUUCUUGGGAAUGGUGUUAUAUUGCUUAUAUUAGUCAUUUUAGUAUACAUUGUAAAUUCAAUAGUUUUACUAUUUGUUUACAUUAGCAUUUUUAUAGAUGUAAUUAGUAAUAUUAUACCAAAUAAAUAGCUACAGUAUA